GGUGAUGCUGCAGAAGACAACCUGAUGUCCACCCGCCAGCCUACUGACCGCCACUCCACGCUGCCCCUGGCAAAUACACAUGCACAGUCCCAGCCGCACAUACACACACACUCCCCAACACACUACCCCACAUACCCUGGACAGUGACACACACACACACAGAAGAAGACAUGGACGCUGAAUAAGAUGCAGACACAAACACACACAUACCUACAAUGCAUGCAGGCACACACAAUUCACUGAGAGAAACACACACUCUCCCUCCUUAUAUGAGUUUUACAGCCCAACGUUACACCUCAUGGAAGAUGUUUUAGGUGGGACUAACACUGGCCGACUGACCAUCCUGAAUGCAGAAAGCAGGAAGUGACAUUCCACAGAAGACUGCAAGGAGGUUGGGCUUCCUUACAUGACUGCAGCUCCCACAAUUCCACAAUAAAUGGGGGAUAUUUGACGUUGUUCCGCACUGAGGCCGAGAACCUCUGCCUGGAAGAAUGGCAUUGCCCACUGAUUGAAGUAAGGACUAAAGGCUCUCAGUAUGCUUUAAACCAGCUAGUUUGUAUUAUGUUGUCCAACCAGGUCUAAAGGCAUCAUAAGUGGUUCUACCUGUGCCACUCUGGAGAGUGGGGUGAAAAACCGUAAAGAGCAGUUUGCCAGGAGUUUUAAACAGAAUUGUUACUACAGUUUUUUAUUGAAAUAAUGACUAAAAUAGUAAAUCUCUGUAGAUACAGCUGGUAGCAUGUUACUUUGCAAUGUGCUUCUCACUCACCUCACUCACAAGACACCUGUCCAGUUCUCUACUGGUUCUCCUCACACCACAACUCAAUUUGUCACUGCUGGCUGAAUACAUAUCAGUGUAAGGCAGAAACCUUGUAUAUCCAAAACCAUUACUUUUCAGGAAAUUACAUUUUUUUUUUGUUUUGAACUCUUUGUCAAAUGUUUGUAUUGUUGUUGGUUUUAAUACUUUCCAUUGGUUAAAUAUAUGUAAAACCCACAGACAGUAAAGAGUGACCAAUGGCAUUGAUUUAUGAAAUAUGGAAAUAUGAGGUGUCUGUCUGACAGCAAUGAUAUAAAUACGUAUUUGCUACGUUAUCAUCCACAGUGCUGCAAAAAUA